UCAAUUCAGAACGUCGAGAUGGAGCCCAACUCACUCCAGUGGGUCGGCUCACCGUGUGGAUUGCACGGACCUUAUAUUUUCUAUAAGGCUUUUCAAUUCCACCUUGAAGGCAAACCAAGAAUCUUGUCCCUUGGCGACUUUUUCUUUGUAAGAUGUACGCCAAAGGAUCCGAUUUGCAUAGCGGAGCUCCAGCUGUUGUGGGAAGAAAGGACCAGCCGGCAACUUUUAUCCAGCUCGAAACUUUAUUUCCUCCCCGAAGACACUCCCCAGGGCAGAAAUAGCGACCAUGGCGAGGAUGAGGUCAUCGCCGUGUCCGAAAAGGUGAUCGUAAAAUUGGAAGAUUUGGUCAAAUGGGCGCAUUCUGAUUUCUCCAAGUGGAGAUGUGGCCUCCGAGCCACCCCGGUGAAAACGGAGGCUUGUGGAAGGAAUGGACAGAAGGAGGCCCUGCUCAGGUACAGACAGUCAACCCUCAACAGUGGGCUCAACUUCAAGGACGUUCUCAAGGAGAAGGCCGAUCUUGGGGAAGAUGAGGAAGAAACCAACGUGAUCGUGCUCAGCUACCCUCAGUACUGUCGGUACCGUUCCAUGCUCAAACGGAUCCAGGAUAAGCCAUCUUCCAUCCUCACGGACCAGUUUGCGCUCGCCCUGGGGGGCAUCGCAAUGGUCAGCAGAAACCCCCAGAUCCUGUACUGCCGGGAUACCUUUGACCACCCUACUCUCAUAGAAAACGAGAGUAUAUGCGAUGAGUUUGCGCCAAAUCUUAAAGGCAGACCACGCAAAAAGAAAACAUGUCCCCAGAGAAGAGAUUCCUUCAGUGGCUCGAAGGACCCCAACAAUAACUGUGAUGGUAAAGCCAUCAACAAGGUGAAAGGCGAGGCCAGGUCAGCCUUGACCAAGCCGAAGAAUAACCACAGCAACUGUAAAAAAGCCUCAAAUGAAGAAAAGCCAAAGCUGUCCAUUGGAGAAGAAUGUAGGGCAGACGAACAAGCCUUCUUAGUGGCACUUUAUAAAUACAUGAAAGAAAGAAAAACGCCCAUAGAGCGAAUUCCCUACUUGGGUUUCAAACAGAUUAACCUUUGGACUAUGUUUCAAGCUGCUCAAAAACUUGGAGGAUAUGAAACAAUAACAGCCCGCCGUCAAUGGAAACAUAUUUAUGACGAGUUAGGUGGUAACCCCGGGAGCACCAGCGCGGCUACUUGUACUCGCAGACACUACGAAAGGUUAAUCCUACCAUACGAAAGGUUUAUCAAGGGAGAAGAAGAUAAGCCUUUGCCUCCAAUCAAACCCCGGAAACAGGAAAACAACUCACCAGAAAACGAGAAUAAAACGAAAGUAUCCGGAACCAAACGCAUCAAACAUGAACUGCCCAAAAACAAGAAAGAGAAAGAGAAUACACCAAAGCCCCAGGAUACAUCUGAGGUUGCGGCGGAGCAAGUGAAGGAAGAUGAGGCAGUUAGCCAGAAAAGCAUCCCAGAGCCUCUCCCUGCUCCUGAAGUCAAGAAGAAACCAGAAGGGCCCAAGGAUCUUGCAGCGAGGGCGCCGGUGUCCAGAGCAGACCCAGAAAAGGGCCGUGAGACUGACCAAGGUUCCAGCAGUGAGAAGGAGGCUGAGGAGGCGGGAGACAAGGGCCCCGCCCCUGUGCUCCCAAGCCCUCCCCUGCCUCCUGAAAGAGAUUCAGCUCCUACCCCUGGGCCUGGCAAACAGCCCCUUGCCUCUCCCAGCUCCCAGAUGGACUCAAAGCAAGAAGCCAAACCCUGUUGCUUUACAGAGAGCUCUGAAAAUGACCUCCAAGAAGCACCCUUUCCCAGCUUUCCCGCCACCCAGCCACCCCUGGCAAGCCAGAACGAGGCAGAGGAAGACAAGCUUCCUGCCAUGACUAACUAUAUCGCCAAUUGCACUGUGAAGGUGGACCAGCUGGGCAGUGACGACAUCCACACCGCCCUCAAGCAGACCCCGAAGGUCCUUGUGGUCCAGUCAUUUGACAUGUUCAAAGACAAAGACUUGACCGGGCCCAUGAACGAGAACCACGGACUUAAUUACACGCCCCUGCUCUACUCCCGGGGCAACCCCGGUAUCAUGUCCCCACUGGCCAAGAAAAAGCUUUUGUCUCAGGUGAGUGGGGCGAGCCUCUCCAGCAGCUAUCCCUACGGCUCCCCACCCCCUUUGAUCAGCAAGAAGAAGCUGAUUGCCAGGGACGACCUGUGCUCGGGUCUGUCCCAGGCCCACCACAGCCAAAGCUCGGAUCACACGACCGUCAGCCGGCCAUCCGUAAUCCAACACGUCCAGAGCUUCAAAAGCAAGGCCUCUGAGGAGAGAAAGGGCAUCAAUGAGAUCUUCAAGCACGACAAACUGAGUCGGUCCGAUGCUCACCGCUGUGGUCUCUCCAAGCACCAGCUCAGCUCCCUGGCCGACUCCUACAUCCUGAAGCAAGAGGUGCAGGAGGGCAAGGACAAACUAUUAGAGAAGAGAGCGGUCUCCCACACCCACAUGCCCAGUUUCCUGGCAGACUUCUACUCAUCCCCGCAUCUCCACAGCCUCUACCGACACACGGAACACCAUCUUCACAACGAACAGUCGCCCAAGUAUGCCUCUAGAGACAUGUACCAGGAAUCUGAGAACAGCGCUUUUCUUUCUCACAAACACCCAGAGAAGGUCCAUGUCAACUAUCUCGCCUCUCUGCAUCUGCAAGAUAAGAAGUUGGCUGCGGCAGAAGCCUCUAGAGAUGAUCAACCAACGGACCUGAGCCUUCCCAAGAACCCACAGAAACUAACCAGCAAAGUCCUGGGCCUGGCGCACUCAGCCUCGGGGUCCCAGGAGAUCAAAGGCGCCUCCCAGUUCCAGGUCAUCAGCAGCCAGAGUCGAGACUGUCACCCCAAAGCCUGCCGGGUAUCUCCCAUGACCAUGUCGGCCCCUAAAAAAUACCCCGAGUCGAUUGCAAGGUCGGGAAAACCUCACCAUGUGAGACUGGAGAACUUCAGGAAAAUGGAAGGCAUGGUCCAUCCCAUCCUGCACCGGAAGAUGAGCCCUCAGAACAUUGGGGCGGCUCGCCCUAUCAAGCGCAGCCUGGAGGAUUUGGAUCUUGUGAUCGCUGGGAAAAAAGCCAGGGCUGUGUCUCCCUUGGACCCAGCCAAAGAGGCUUCUGGGAAAGAAAAGGCCUCCGAACAGGAGAGGGAGAGCAGCAAAGGAGCCUACGGUGGGCAUUCUGGGGCUGCAUCCGAAGGCCACAAGCUUCCGGUCUCCUCCCCCAUCUUCCCAGGUUUGUAUUCUGGUAGCCUGUGUAACUCGGGCCUCAACUCCAGGCUCCCGGCCGGGUACUCCCAUUCUCUGCAGUACUUGAAGAACCAGACGGUGCUCUCUCCUCUCAUGCAGCCCCUGGCUUUCCACUCGCUCGUGAUGCAAAGAGGAAUUUUUACGUCGCCGACCAAUUCUCAGCAGCUGUACAGACACUUGGCUGCCGCGACCCCCGUGGGGAGUUCCUACGGGGACCUGUUGCACAACAGCAUCUACCCGUUAGCUGCUAUCAACCCUCAGGCUGCCUUCCCACCGUCUCAGCUGUCCUCUGUACACCCCAGCACAAAACUGUAAGCCUCGCCGUGCCCAGCAUCCCCCGACGGCGGGGGUGGUCCGUGCGCCAACCCCGGAGGGCUGGCUUGCAGAGUUGGAAGUCAGUAUUCCUUCUCAUCUGGCGAUACAGUUCGUCCCAGCCAUAGAGGCCUAAAGGCCAGGUGAACACGCCUACCUUUUCCGAGGACAACUCUAGGCUGGCCGGCCAGUUGUCCUUCCAACACAGAUGGCCUAGGGUCUCCAGACCUCCUUUUCAAGUGGCUCUUUGUGAAGGGUAUCUGUGUCUAUCCCAGAAGAACUCAGAGGACCCCCCCUGAGUUUGGAUGGUAGGGAAGCAAUC